CAAAAUCGGGUUUGUGAAAGUGGAGCCGCCUAACCUUAAUGGACUACGAUCUGAGCCUGACUGGAAACCCCCGAUGCCCGAGGGUGGGCAGCUGCCGAAACAAGUAAAUGAGAGGUUCGAAAAAUGGAAAAGGGGCUGCUUGUAUGAUUUGACUAUUGAUUUUGUCAUCCCGAUGUCUUGCGCUGCAAGAGUGAUGGAAUCACUAAUCCAUCAGUCAUUACAUAAAUACCGUCGCAAAGUAAUCACUUGUAGAAAUGCCAAGUGCAGAACGGACCACCAGGAGUGGUUCGAAGUGCCACCGGAAGUUGCCCGCAGCGCGGUUGAGGUGUGGAAGGAGUUUAGUAGCUGCAUCCCGUACGACACGUCCGGGAUGCUGCGUAAAUUCUGGAGCGACCGACUAUGGGAAAUGCGCAAAGGAUGCUUCGAGAGUAGCACUCACACGUGGUUAGAAAAGAGCGUAAGGCCGAUAAUCGAGCUGGAUCUCAAAUUGCAGGAGAUAGAACGAAGGGAGAGCCGCCAACGGGAUUUGAUGGUGCAUAAUUACGGCAAGAACCACACGGCGAAACCGGUACUAAGACGGGUGAACACCGUAAGGUGAUAUGAGAUCUCCCUGUUUAGUCGAAACCAUCUGGAGCCAGAUGAGGGCACCGUAGAGUCCAGUCAAUCUGAU